AUGGAGGAUUCCGAACGCACCACAAAGCGGUCGCGCUUCGACCAGAAGGAGCCCGAACCCAAGAAGUCGCGUUUCGACCGACGAUCUCGGUCCCCCCCUCGGCGUUCAGAGCGCUCUGAAGACAGGGAUCGCAGCCCAUUGAGACGCGAAGGAAGCUCGGGCGAGUCGAAGCCCUCCGAUGCGGCGGCUGCUGCUGCUGCCGCUGCGGCACGGAUCAACGCUUCUUUGCAAGCGCGCAAGGGUAUCCAGCAUGUCGACGUACCUCCGAUCCAGAACGAAACCUCGCCCGCACCGCCUCCAGCUGCGCCAGCAAACGACCAGGGCACCAGCGCUCCGAGCAGCAGCAGCAACGCGCACUCUGGCGGACCCGUCCUCAGUGGUGAGAUGUACGUCGACGACGGCGAUUACAUACAAGACAUUGAGGUCAAUGAUCUUCGCAACAAGUACGUCGUGACCAAGGGAGCGACACAGAAAAUGAUCAAAGAAGAAACCGGUGCCGAUGUCACGACGCGGGGAGCCUUCUAUCCCAACAAGGCUCUCGCUACCGCUGCUAACCCACCGUUGUAUCUUCAUGUUACAAGCCAAAACAAGGAAGGCCUGGAAAAGGCCGUAUCUAUGAUUCAGAACAUGAUCAAGCAGGAACUACCUCAACUCGUAGACGACCGCCGCCUCCGACGCCGCGACCAGGAGCAGCCCGUCGAGCGUGACGAAUUUGGAAGGCGCAAAUGGCGAGUGGAAAAGGUCUUCAUUGGCCUCGAGUCAGUGCCAGGUUUCAACCUACGCGCCCAAGUUGUUGGCCAUGGCGGAGCCUACGUCAAGCACAUCCAGCAGGAGACUGGAUGCCGCGUACAGAUCAAGGGGCGAGGCUCGGGCUAUCUUGAGGCCGCUACGAAUCGGGAGAGCGACGAGGAGAUGUAUCUCAAUGUCACUGGCCCAGAUGACAGCAUGAUCGAUAAAGGAAAGGAACUCUGCGAGGACCUGAUCGCCAACGUCAGGGAGCAGUACGAAGAGUUCAAGGCCCGCCCGCCGCGCCAACAUGGCGGCCACGGUGGUCGAGGUAGCCACGGCGGGUACGGAGGCGGCUACAAUGAUAGCAACAGAGGCUCGUAUGGUGGUAACAGCUCGUACGAACGCUAUGGCUCAAAUGGCGCCUCGAACAGCCCCGCUCCUCCUGGUACUGACAGCCCUGCCAAUGCUUCAGACUACGCUGCCCACAAUACUAUGGACAACAAGCGGGAGGCCAAACCCCUGGCCAAGCACCUGGUGUCCCAGCCGCCGGCCAGUCGGCCUCGCCACCUCCACCAUCAGGUGCUGCACCACCACCUCCUCCUAGUUCUGCUCCCCCUCCGCCUCCCUCUGGUGCCCCCCCUGGCACAGGUAGCUAUGGAUCGUCUCUCCCGGCCGUCGCUCGUCCAGCAACAAACCCUCGCGCCCCCUCUCUCCAAAACAACAUCUCUCGAACCCUCGCCCGCCAGUCUCGCGUACCAGACUAAGGGCAGCACGAACCCAUCCCCUUUCCUCCUGUCGCCCAUCCUCAACCUCCCCUUCUCCUUCGGCUCAGCCUACACAGGGGAGACGUUCUCCUGCACACUAUGCGCGAACAAUGACCUUCCCUCUUCGUCACGCGCCAUCCGCGACGUCAAGAUCGAAGCCGAGAUGAAGACGCCAAGCGUCGGGCGCGCGCAGAAACUAGAGCUCAAAACACAACAUGGCGAGGGCCCGCGCGACUUGGAGCCGGGGGAGACGGUGCAGGGCGUCGUGGGUUUCGACCUUAAGGAGGAAGGGAACCACGUGCUCGCCGUGACGGUGAGUUACUACGAGGUCUCAGAGACGAGCGGGCGGACGAGGACGUUUCGAAAGCUGUACCAAUUCAUAUGCAAGUCAUCGCUCAUUGUGCGGACCAAGAUGAGUCCGCUGCCCGCGCUGCCGAGCGGCCGGCGGAGAUGGGUCGUGGAGGCGCAGCUGGAGAACUGCAGCGAGGACGUGAUGCAGCUGGAAACGGUGCGCAUGAGCGUGGAGGACGGGCUACGGUGGAAAGGGUGCAACUGGGAAGCUGGCGGGUCAAAGGGGCCCGUCGUCAAGCCAGGCGAGGUGGAGCAGGUAUGCUUCGUGGUCGAGACGGUCGACGAGGGCGGCGUGAUGAAGGCGUUGCCAGACGGGAGGCUCGUCUUUGGCGUGCUGGAGAUUAGUUGGCGAGGCGAGAUGGGCAACAGGGGCCAUCUAAGUACGGGGAAGCUAGGAACAAAGGUUCGGACGUAG